AUGGACGGGUGUCGCCAGUCCCACUAUCCGAUGCUGGCCAUGGCCCACGGGUGUUCCGGCGACGGUGCCGCCGCUGCGCCCAAAUCGGCAGACGAACCUGCUGUCCGCGGCGGGAAAGGGGCGGCGCCGGUGGACGAAAUCCAACAGCUGUCGGACGCCGUGCGCCGUGCGCUCGAGUGUCCGGUGUGCAAGGAACUGUCCGGUGCCAUUUCCACGUGCUGCUACAACGGGCACGGGUUGUGCGACGAGUGCUCGUACACCAUGAACAGGCUUAACCCGGAGACGACGCCCAAGUGUCCGCUGUGCCGGUCACCGCCCGCCCGCCUGGAGGAGGACGACUGCUCACCAGCGCAGCUACAGCCAACGGACCAGACGGCCUCAGAUCACCAGUCGCACAGUCCACGGCCAACGAUGGCCGUCCGACCGCUGCCGCCGCCGGAAUCGGCCCGCAAGCUGCACGAGUUCAUGUCCAUCAUAAAGGUGUCGUGCAUUUACCGUCCGAACGGCUGCCGUUACCUGGUAUACGUGAUAUCGGCCGCCACGCACGAGUCCUUGUGCCCUUACGCCCCGCAAGUCCAUUGCAUGGUGCCCUAUUGCCGAUGGUCGGGUAUGUACGGCGAUACGUUCCAGCACGUCGCCUCCGACCACCAGUUUUCCGCCUACGACGUAAUGGAAAACCAGUUCCUGAUGCCGGAUCUGACGUUUGGGCUGCAGGGCCCCAUGCGCCGGACGUACCUGACGAGGAACGUCCAGGACGGCAACAUGCUCUACUGGGUGUGCGUGGCCCGGACGACGGCCAGGUCGAUGGUGGCCGGCAUCCAAGUGGCCGUGCUCAAGGUGUACGACCCGGAUGCGACCACAAAGUACGGCGAAGGGCCGCCGGAAAUGGUGUUCCGGGUGCUGACUAUGAGCCAGCAGGGCUGGCAGAGGCAGAGGGGCCGCUCGCGGUCCGUGUGCUGGGACCGAAUGGUGCUGGACCGCAUGAUGAGGGUGAUGGACAGCGGAGGGUACCGAGAAAAGUGCAUAACCACACUGCACACGCCUCCGUGGUGCACUGUGACCGUGCGCAACAACCUGAAUUACGAUGCCACAAUCACGUGGAACUCGGUGGUCCGGUAA